AUGCCCGGCACUCCCACUCGCCCGAACCCUGACCUGGAGGGCUUCUCCUCCGAAGACGAAGCGACUGCAACGCCUGGUCCCACCAUACCUCCACUCACUGCCUUGUCCCCGAGCUUCUUGUGCGAUAUUGUGCUCCUUGCAUACGUCCUACACCACCGCCUCCGCCGCACACGCCUUACCAUAGACCAAAUCGCCACUACGGAGGUUACCGUCGGGUUCAUGAACGUCGGGCUACCCCCUACCCUCGGACUCCUUCCCAUCUUUCCGUGUCUCAAGAACGUCAAGAGGUUCUCCCCGCACGACAAUCUCGCCUUCCUCCCUGUGACCAACACUCUCCAUCUCCAUCUCCCCCGCCCCCGUGAAUGGCUGGAACUAGAAGAGGACUUCGCAGAGAGUGUAGGACCAGUGGUGUCCAAUGCUGUCAAAGAAGGAAUCAUUCAACUUCUUCUUCGGCACAAGAAACAGAGAAACUUUUGCGAGAACGAGCUGAACAAACUCACCGAUCAUGAGAUUGUUCGCAGUUGGGCCCAGCGCCGAUGGGGAAUGUACUUGAAGGCGCUGGAAGGCCCGACUCGAUUCCCUUCACCUCCACGCGCGGACGAUGCGGCCGACCACGAUGGCGCUCCUCAGCCGGAAGACUUCGACUACCCCGAAGCCCAGGACGAUGAGGACCUGUACGAGCCUGCCGUUGCACCCUCGCCGCAGAUCAGCCACGUAGUCCCUGCCGCUGUAAUUUCGCCGCGGAUCGGUAACCUCGUACAUGCGACCUUCGAGCGCCGCGAGCAGGACGACGAUGGACGGACGUACGCCGGGUCCCCUUCUUCCCGUGUCUCUCCCGCGUCCUCUCCCGCCCCUUCCGUCGCCCCGGGCCCUGUCCCUGCUGCUCCCCUUCCCGCCGCUCUCAUCACCCCUGCCCCGUCGCGCGAAGUCACUCCCACACUCGCCGCAGGCCUCUCCGCCCACUCCACUCCCACCCUCGCCACCAACCCCUCCCCGUCAACCUCGCGCAAGCGCGCGCGCGACCCAUCUGACGAAGGCGACGACGGCAGGCUCGCCGACACCGAGCGCAGCCCCGGCGACGCCCGCGCGCACAACCUCCGUCGGCGCACCGCGGGCACCGGCGCCUCGUUCACCGCCGCGCGCGGGCCCCGCCGUUCGCAACGCAUCGCGCGCAGGUCCGGAACGGCCGCAACGCACGCACCGCAGCCGGCGUCGACUUCGACUGCGCCCGCGCGCCCGCGCUUGGCGAUCGACGGGCCGGCGCACCUCCGCGCGUCGUCGUCGUCGAUGUCUCCCGGCCACUCGAUGGGAUCGCGCCCGCCGUGGGCGGUGCGUGCGCGGCAGGAGCGGCUGAGGACUGCGUCGUUGCCUGCGCGCGGGGCGACGGAGGAGCAGGAGGAGAGGGAGGUCGAGGCGGAGGUCUGCGCCGGGCCUUCUACCCCCAGGCCUGCUCCUAUAGAGGCGGAGGCAGAGAUGGAGGUAGAGGCGGGGCCGUCGAUGGUGCUGCGGUCACGCAAGCGCGCUCGGGCGCAGGAGGAGGACGAGAAGGAGGACGAGAGCGAAACGAUGGAGGACGACGAGGACGACUACGAGCCGCCCCGCAAGCGGAGGAGGGUCGCGAAGAAGGACGACAAAGGCAAGGGCAAGGCGCGGGACGACGGCAACGACGAAGCCGACGACGACGACGACGACGACGACGCGGAGAAGAAGUCGCCUCCCAAGGGCCGUCGCGGUGGCGGACGCCGCAAGGGCAAGAAGGUCGACAAGGGGAAGGCGCGCGCGCUAAACUGA